GUAUCCAGCUCUAGCUACAGAGGCAAGUUAAGUGACCGUAGCGGUCUGAACACACGUCUCAAGCUUCCCUGCUCACUCACAGGGAGAGUCCAUAUAUCGCUCCGCGACGUCGCGCUGUGUCUGGCUGAGGGUGUCCGGUUUCCUCAGUCCGAGGGAUUGCGAUGCCCUCUGACUUUAUCUCCCUUUUCAGCGGGGACCUCGACCUGACUUCUCCCAGAUCCUUGUACUCAAAAGAAUCCGUGUAUGACCUUCUUCCCAGAGAGCUGCAGUUGCCUUCCUCCACUCAGCAGAACCCAAAAGUCAUGAGUCAAAAGAGCGGCGGAGAGGCCGGGCCUCCCCCUUCAGCUACUCUAGCGUCAGAUGCCAUGUCCUCUUCUAUGACCAUGGAAGGCCCCCGCAGUGCUUUUUCCACCUCUUCCAGCUCCACUAUGCAUUCCAGUCCUUCAACCGGUGACCAGAAGCCAGUCCACAGCAACAAUGUUGACCCAGAGGACACCCGGGGCAGCAGAGCGGUACCAGAGGUGGUCGGAGCAGAGGGCGGGAAUGGUAACGGCGGCAGUGGUGGUAACUGCAGGGGGACCGUUGAGCUUGGAGGAGGAAGAGGUGUAACAUCCCAGGAGGCCCAGCCACAUCACCAGAUGACCCCGUCUAAGCGCCGCACCGUACUGAACAUCUCUCCACCUCCAGAAGACUUGUUUGAUGAUAGCCGCAUGUCCUGCCAGGAUGAAGCAUCCCUGGACUCAGAGCAGAGUAACAACAUCUGGAUGGAUGACUCUCUCUCCAACUUUAGUAUCAUGAGUACGGUUUCUUACAAUGACAACACUGAGGUACCACGAAAGUCCCGCAAACGCACCCCUCGCCAGAGGCCUGGUCCGAAGUCUGUGCCUGCAGAGGAAGCCAGUAUGGACGUGUUUGAUGCAGACAGUGCCAAGGGCCCACACUUUGUCCUGUCACAGCUCGGCCCUGACAACAAGACGGGACCAAAAGGAAGCUCUGAUGAUCCUCAGACAGCUACCCAGAAAGGAGGAACUCUUUCGAUGCAAUACCCACAGAAGAAUGAGGGGAAGGAGCUGAAGAUCCUUGUACAGCCUGAGACUCAGCAUCGAGCUCGUUACCUGACUGAAGGAAGCAGAGGAUCAGUGAAGGACCGGACUCAGCAGGGCUUCCCUACUGUAAAGCUGGAGGGCGUGAACGAGCCAGUGGUUUUGCAGGUAUUUGUGGGUAACGAUACCGGGCGAGUGAAGCCCCAUGGAUUUUACCAAGCUUGCAGGGUGACCGGCCGCAACACCACAGCCUGCAAGGAGGUUGACAUUGAUGGCACAACUGUCAUUGAGGUGUCCCUUGAUCCAAGCACCAACAUGACACUACCGGUGGACUGUGUUGGGAUCCUGAAGCUCCGUAAUACUGAUGUCGAGGCUCGUAUUGGUGUCGCUGGGUCCAAGAAGAAGAGCACACGCGCACGUCUGGUGUUUCGGGUCAACAUCCCCCGUUCAGAUGGACCAGUGCUCACACUACAGACCCCCUCAUCUCCAAUCUUGUGUACCCAGCCUGCAGGGGUGCCUGAAAUCUUGAAGAAGUCACUACACAGUUGUACUGUGAGGGGUGGAGAGGAAGUCUUCAUCAUUGGCAAAAACUUUCUUAAAGACACUAAAGUCAUAUUUCACGAGAAUGUUUCUGAUGAGAAAUCGUGGAAGGCAGAGGCUGAAAUUGACAUGGAGCUGUUUCACCAGAAUCACUUGAUAGUGAAGGUUCCUCCAUACCAGAACCAAGCCAUCACCUCUGCAGUGUGUGUGGGAAUCUAUGUGGUGACGAAUGCUGGGAGAUCCCAUGACGUUCAGCCUUUCACCUACACUCCAGAUCUGGCAAAACAUGAUGUUCCUGUGAAGAAAGAGAUGCCUUCUCCAGUGAAGACUUGUACAUUUGAUGAACAAAUUAAAGUUCUAGAUGGCGCCCUGAUGCCCUCUAUGUUGCCUUUAGUGAAGAGAGAAGAUGUCACUCCGAUGGAGGUGACCAGCAACCUCCAGUCUUCUGGAGUAUUUAAGCAGACUGGUGACCUGUGUCCAGCCCAGCAGAACCCAGACAUGACCGCAGGACAUCUAAAUACAAACAGAUCAUUCUCCAACAACCUUUCUCAGCCUGCAAGUGACCCUGACAAAGGCCAGGGUCCUGUUUUUACCAACACUGAGCCCUUAAGCACCAUCCACAAGCAGGACAUUGCUGCACCCAGCUCAUUCCCUGUGCCUGCAGACUCCCUGCUCCAGCAAGGCUCACAGCAGUUCCUCCUGGAGCCCAGAGAGGGCCUCGGUCAGGAGAGGCCAGGCAGCGCUUCUGGAGCUGUGGGGAGGCUGCGUGGAGAACCUACACCCCAACAGCAGCAGCUGCCGUUGUUCCCUCCAGAUGAGGUGGCACAGCUGGAGGAGGCAGUGAGACAACUUAAAGCCAAAGGGUUCUGUAGCUUACCACUUCAGUCUGACAACUCAAUAGCCAAACAGCAGCAGCAACACAUGCAGCACCAAAAAAAGAUCCAAAAACAGCAAAUUCAGCAGCAACAAAUGCAGCAACAACAGCUUCAACAGCAGCAGCAGCAGCAGCAGCAGCAGCAGCAGCAGCAGGUGUUGGAGAAUUUACAGCAGCAGCUGUUUCAGUCACAGAUUCAGAUUCAGUGUGGCAUGUUUCAGGAUGCUUCCCAGGGCAAGAACACAGAACAGCAGGGCCCAUCACAAGGAGUGGUGCCAAACCAGGGAUCUCUUUUCCAGCAGGCCCAACAGCAGCAACAGCAGCAGCAGCAGCAGCAGCAGCAACAGCAACAGCAGCAACAAGCAGCUCUCUUUCAGCAGGCAAAUGACCUACUUUCAAUUCAGACCAACUUCCUCCAGCAGACGACCUCUCACCCUUCACCACCCAUGUUCCACAAUCCCAGCUCUUUGGCUGAAACUCAAGAUCCCCAGGGGGCUCUGUUUCAGAAAGCGUCUCAGGAGCAGGUCCAGGCAGCUCUCUUCCAGAACACCAUGACAGUACUACAGUCUCCAGAACAGCAACCCUCAACUCCUGGACUUUUCCUCCCGCAGACCUCCCUGCCAACUCAGCUUACAACCAACAGUUCCCAACAACAGCAACAACAACAGCAGCAACAGCAGCAACAGCAACAGCAACAGCAACAGCAGCAGCAGCAGCAGCAGCAGCAGCAGCAGCAGCAGCUGGCCUUUCUCAGUGCUCUACAAUCCCCUGCCCCUGAACCACAAUCAGUAUUUCAGGCCCAGACCCAGCUCUCCCCCAUCCAGCAAAGAAGCCCAAUGGAACAGCAGCAGCCCUCCCAGCCUCAGCCCCAUGCACAGCCAACCCAGCAGGCUUCCCUGUUUCAGAACAUCUCCCCACAUCCAUCUGCGAACACACUCUCUCCAGGACAGCAGCAGCAACAGCAGGCUGGACUACUGUUCUGCAACAACACCCUGUCCACAUCGGACCAGGCCUCCAGCCUCCUGUUCAGCAGCCAGGGCCAGAUGCCUCCUUUGACCAGCAGCAGUCUAGUUUCUCAAGAGCCCCAAAACCCCUCUCUGCUCUUUUCCCAAGCCAGUAUGGUGACGGUAAACCAGCAGGAUCGCUCUGAGCCCAUGGCCUUAGGGAACCCCACCGAUCCACGACAGCAAGUCAUGUUUCAGGAGCAACAGCCUAUGCAGCUGUGCAGUAGCUCAAACAACCGGCAGGAUCAGACUGUGGGCCUCUUCAUGCCUCAGUCCAACAUGGCCUCUCUGCAGGGGGGACUGGCUCAAGAGCUUGCACAGUCAGCCAUGUUUGGCUCACAGAACGGCGUGGCAAACCUCCAGACGACCACCUCCUCCCCUGUUCAACAGCCAGGAACUCUCUUUCAAACUGCUGUGAGUGGGAGCAUCAGUCAGGCCAGCCAGCCUCAACAACCUGGCCUGUUCCUUUUUGGGAUUCAGAAUGGAUGUGGCCAGCUGAUGAACCCUCCUGGAAACACACUGUCAGAUCAGAUAAUAGCCAUCAGCCAGUCUGGCCAGAACCAAAGAGAGAGCGACGCACACAUCCAGUCCCUGCUCAGCCAGUCCCUGUCUCAGUCUGGGACCGUGCAGAGCAGCAUGUCUGCCUCGCAGAACAUGGAGAAGAUUGAUGACCUGCUGGUCAGCCUGCAGGAGUCCGGCAGCAACUUAACUCGUUCAUACUAACCUUCAUACCUUCUUUUCUUUUUUACUGAUAAUAUAUGGAGUAAAUGUAAAAUGAAGACAAAAAAAGUUAAAUUAAAUGUUGUCUAUUGAAAAUGAAAUGCAGGUAAAGGUUUAUAAAUAAGUUGGAGACAAACUGAGCAUUAUGUGCUUAUAUCUGGUCACCAAAUGUUUUUCUGCCCUGCUAACACAUAAUUUGGUCUCCUUCAGAACUGAGGAUUUCUUAUGAAAGAACUGAGAAGGUGAGCUAAGCAUUGUUAAGUGUUGCUGGCUGUGCUGAGCUUGUCUCUUCCCAAAAAAAGAUGGCAGAAUAAGUGGCAGAAAUUUUAAUGAUCAUAAAGACAAACUGGAAUAGUAAUAUAUUGAACUAGGAGUUUGGUUUGGUGUUUCUUGUCCGAGCGGGUUGAGAAAGAACAGCGAAUGUCUCUUACAAACCUAAUGACUACACAGACUCCCAGUCGUUAAAACGUGCAUGUGAAAAUUGAGGUGGACUCCAGAUUAGAACAUUGUGAGAAAAAUUGUCAGUACUGUCUGAUGAGAGAGGUAGAAUUCGACCCUUUUCUUCAGCUUUCCCUCUGUAAAGACAAUAACUUACCAGACUUGGAAUUUAUUUAACUUGUGAAGUUUUGUUUAUAUCUGUAAGUAGAUUAUCAGUGAUGUUAUCUUCACCACCUUUCUAUUCUCGUCGUGUUUUUUUUGUGUGUUCUCCAAAGCGUUUAGUGGUUUCCAUGAAUAGUGUUCCCCUUUAAUACUUCUUUUGUAAAUUUUUUGUUGCAUAGAGGGCGGAGUGUGUGGUACGGCAGGAAAGUUUGGACAGAUUGUGGUAUGUAUGGUUGAAUACAGUACGUCAAGGAUGUUGAAGGUAACCACUGUUGACUUUUGAAAUUAUUUUCCCAACAGUGCGGAAAGUGUAGUGAAAGAAGGUUAGAGUGGUAGAAAGGAAGCAGGGAGUUGAGAAGUAUAAGAAAGCAGACUACAGAAAGGAAUAGAAACAUUUUCUAUGCUAGUCACAAACAGGUGUCUGUCAUAUACAGUAUGUGGGUGCCUAUUAUUUCAAUGUUGUAGCAGGUAGCUAGUGUCUGAUAAUAUGAAAAAAUUCACUCUAGCUGUCUCUGAUAGCCCACAAAGUGACUUAAAUUUUCAUUAUGAUAUAUGUUGAUAUGUAUCAUAUUUCAAUAUAUUUCAAUAUGAUAUCAUAUACAAAGAAACUGUGUUCCAUAGGUGUAUAAUUAAAGUAAUGUAGUGGGGUUUUUUUGCUACGAAAAAAAACCUGGCUGAAUUAAGCGUAGACUUGUUUUGGCCUGUUUGGUACAGUAAUGGCUAUAAAAGAAUAUUUGUAGUUCAGCGAGCAGCUGUCAGUGUGGCAGUGCAGUGAAGACACUCGCCUCCAGCUGUGAAACAUAUCUUUCAGAUACUUACGAAAGAUGUAGAUACUUUGCCAUCUCCACCACGGUGUACAGAUAGCACUUUGUAAUGUAGGUAAGCAAACAUGUGUUCAGGCUAACAUUUAGUCUGUAUUCAUCAAAACCAAACUGUGUCAGUUUGCUACUUUUUACAACAAAUUCUCCUUUUAAUACAUUACAAAGAGACGAAUCUUUUAAGAAAGAGUGGUGGUAGAAAUAUAACAAAUAUUGGCUGAAAUUUUUUUUUACAUGUAUAUUCAGCACUUUAUGAUGCUGUUCUUUGUGACCACUUAACUCAUCAAGGGUACAGUACAGUCCCACAAGAGGUGGCUUUUUUUUUUAUUUCAGCCGCCUCUUCCUCAUUGUUUACAGUGAAGAAGAUACAUUUUUGAACAUGCACUUGGAUCAGAAAUUAUUGUCAUUACGGUCCUAUGUUUGCAGGGCAACCUUUACGUAGUCAAGCAAGCUUACAAAGAUAUCUCCACUAGAAUUUCUUUUAAGUAUAACCUAAUUAAAUAUAACAGCGCAUCUCAUUGCCAGCCAUGUUACAAAUACUACUUUUCAUCCCCAAAGCCUAGUGCGUCAUUUAUUCCUGAAAACCAGCUUAGAAAUCUGGACAAAUGAGGAAAAAAUUUGGAUCAAGACAUCUUUAUUCAAAUAUUGUUAAUUCAGUUGACAUACAACUCCUAUUUAAAUACAUGCAUCUACAGUAGAGACAGUAGAAUGUAAUAUAGUAUAUUAAUGUAAUUUUUGUCAUAAAGGUUAGAUCAUUAUGUGUUUUAGCGUGAUUUUGAUGACAUGCGUCCGGCACGCAUGAACUAGAAUAGUGUUCUUAAACCAGCUAGAAAAGAGCCUUUCCAUCAGUUUUAUUAAUGUGAUGGAUUUAGUGAAUGUUGAAGAGAAGCAAUAGUUUGUUGGCUACUAACUGUACAUUAUACAUCUCAUCUGGGUUAAUUGGGUAAUGGGUAUUAACAUGCAGGAAUAGAGCCCAUUUUACAUGUUUUCUUCUAAAUGAAAACUACUACAGCUUUGAUGUUCUCCUCUGCAGUUGGCCAGUGGCCUCAGGACCAAAGUUUGACCCGAAUCUUGCUUUGCAUAAAUCCUGAUGACAGGCCAGUUUUAUGGCUCGUUUAUGGCUUGUUUAUGGCUUUUAUUUUCUUUUUUUCCUUAUUUCUUUCUACUUGCAAUUUAACUUUAAGAAAAGCAUAGACAUAGACUAUUUUCUGCCUCCUUCGUUGGCCUGCUGUCACGCUUUUCUUUGUUUUUGUUUUUUUUGUGUUGUUUAAGCAAUAAAAAAAAAAACAUGUUUGUGUAAUGUUUAGUUUUACUGUAAGUGUAUGCAUGAACAAGGGGCUGGUCUCUGAUGAUGACAGAAUUAGCUCAGUUUAAUGCCUUGUUGUCUUCUUUUCACUGUACAGUUUGUUAGAAAUACAUAUACACAGUUACAUUUUAUACACUUUCAAAUCAGAAACAGCUGUUGUUUUAUGAUGGGAAUCAUUCAAACUUGAUUUAAAGUGAUUUGUGGAACUACAGUGUGUCAGUCUGAGCAGUUUGAGUGGCUUUUAAAGGGAUCCUACUCCUGAAGGAAACCCGACUUUGGAGAAAAGAGCUAUCUGUGAUUGGCUUUCUUCAACUCGUGAAAUAGAAGAACUAAGAUUUCCAGUGUUGAGUAUUUAUGAUUGUAUUUGUUUUUGUUUGUUUUACAAAGUUUUUAUCGCUGUCGUACCUGUGCCUCUUUUUGGAGAGGCAUAUCUAAUUUAUUUGUGUGUUAGUAAUUAUCUAAAUUGUUUCCCGUAAUCAUUCUUGUGUUCAAAUCUUUUUCUAAUUGUACUGAUGACAGCAAAGUGUUUCGGCCCCUACACUCUGAAUAAUGUAUACAUUCCUGUGCACAGUUACUCCUUUGUGACUUAGAUGAAUUGAUAUACACCUUUAUGUACAUAUCAUGUGCUUGUUCGAGGCUUUUAAUUGGACCACUGGCCCGCUGGUCCUUUUUGACCAAAUAGUUAACAUCAGGGAAAAAUGGCACCAAACUUCAACAGGUUUUUACUGUCAAAAUAAAAACAAAUCCUUCAAAAUAGGACCAACAAGUUUCAGUAUUUUCAUUAUGAAUAUAGUACUGAAUGUGUGUGUUUUACAGCAUGGCUGUAAAUGCCUCAGUUAGAUCCCGAAUGUUCUUUUAUACACAUACUGGGUUACAGUACAGUUUCCUCAUUUAUGUAUUUACAAUGUAACUGGAGAUCAGAAAUAUAUGAGUGUUACUCUUUAUACAGUCUUUACUAAUUGUAUGGAAAAGAGGGGGAUUGUUGAUAAAAGUUCUCAUAUUUUUCUCAAGAUGCUACAAACUCUAACGUUCUCUGUUUCCUGCAAUAGAACAAGAUGUGGCUUUCUUUUAACAUGACCAGUUAAUAUCAGCAAACUGUGUUUGCUAUCACAUGUUGGAACAGUUCAGUUUUUUCCUAAAAUGUCACUUCAGACACUAGUAUAUGCUGUACAUGUGCCUUGAGGAGAUGUUGUAGUAUGGAGCAGAUUGACGUUUUACCCCACCCCUGUUGUCUGUGUAAGAACCCACUGGCCCCCGCCAGUGAUGAUUAGUUCUCAUUAACUAGAAUGUUUUAAGCCAUAAGACUUUAAGUGUGCUUUAAAUGCUCGAGAACAGUGACCAGAUAAAUGUGGCUGUGGUUGAUAAAUGUGUUGUGCAAUUUCUGUCAUGCCUCUAACUCGUUUGUACUGAAGUAUCCAUUGCAUUUAUGUCAUACAACGUAGAUGCAGACAGAUUUUCUCUGAAACUGCUAUGCAGCUAAUAUACUGUAAAUGUAGAUCUGUUAGUUUUUGAAUAUAUAUUUUUCUAUAUAGCCUCUUCCAUUUUCAACAUAAAAAAGAAACCAAAAUAGAUGUUCUUUCUAUUAUUUAUGUUGCUUGUUGAAAUAUUUUCCAAUGCUUUGAGUGCCGCCUAAAACCGAUUUUGAAUCUUCUGUUCAGUUAAAAUGCAAAUUUCAUUUCUCCGCAACUAUCUCAGACGUAGGUUUUUUUUUCUUCUUCUUCUUUUUUUUGGUGAAACAAGGGUCACUAAUUUUGUUUAUUUCUUCUUUAUUCUAUUCUUCCUUGUAUGGUUUAUGUGGAGGUUUGUGUUAUUUCCAGGCUUACUGUUUACUGGUGCAGUGGUUCCUAAUCUUUCUAAUUUCUCUCAGGGCCUCUGAGUUACCAGGAUGCAAUGUGAUUCUCACAUACCUAUCUACUGGUCUUAUUCAGACCAGUAAACAUCAGUGCAUACUAGAUUUCUUUGUCUUGUAAUUUAGAAACUGAGAAUUACAAAUUCAGCGAAACAUCAAUAUUUGAUGUAAUUUAUCCCUUAUUUUUUCUUUGUCUAAUAUUAUUACUUUCCAAAAACCAUGUUGUCGUGUAACAUUUUUAAAGUCUUUUCACUCCCAACACAAGAGAACCAUUCUACUAGUAAACAGCUUUGUUUGGUCCUGGAAAUAGCAAGGGGGGAAAUUUUGCCUCUUAGUUAAUUUGACUUCAGACAAUGUGAACAACUGUCAAAUAAUCAUCCUUGGGAGAAAAAAAAAAUUCUAUAUAUUUGGCAUUUGUUGGAACAUUUUUAUUCUCUUGCAAAUAAUUUUUUGUAAAC